CCUGCGAAAGAUCUUACCGGACAACUGGCACCCUGGCGUAAGCUCCCGGCGGGCGGCGCGUUCUGGUCGCUUUGCAGACCCCGUAACCUGGAGGAGAGGGAAGAGAAAAGCCGCAGUUGUUUGAACUUUUUUUUGAGCGUGGAAGUGGAUGAACCUGUCGACGUACGUAGGGACUUGCUGCCUUGAGUGCCCAGUUCGGUUGUUUAUCGCGGUUCGGGGGGCAGGGGCUGUUUUUCGGCACCCUGCUUGCGCCGCACCGUUUAUCCCGCAGCGGACAGCGGGGCGGAUUCGCUCCGCUCGCGGAGUGGUGGCCGUUAAAGUGAUUGAGAGCCUCUGGUGCUGAGCAUGACGGAGAGCUUCCGCAAUAUCGAGGAUGAGCCAUUCCCCAGCUUCUUGUCGGCCUCCCUGAGCAGUACCGGCCGGGCCACCCUGGGGAACGUGACGCUGGGCUCCACGCUGGGGGUUCCCAUGGCUGCCUCCACUGUGGCUAAAAUUAGAGCCGCAACGGAUAGCAGGGUGUCUGAUUUCCAGGCCUCUUACUUGGAGGGAGGACAGCUUUCGCACGCAGACUCGCAAUCCUCCAAGGAUGGGAAAGCGAAGUUCGCGCUCAGCAUCAACGACGAUCUGGACAACGUGGACGACUUCAUUGCUGCGCACCGUUUCUCUGACAUGCUACUGAGCAUACACCUGGACGAAUCGCAGUCGGCUGCCAAGCGAAACCCCUCUGUGACUGGGCCCCCUGCUCAGUCAGGGCCGGCCUCUGGAGCCCCCGUAGACCAUGGAGAUGACAUCUCAACAGGGCUGAUAACCUUGCCUCACCUCAGUGGCAAAGAUGACAUGAUGCUGAAGGACGCUCCUGCCCUCCCUACGAUGCUAGAAGAGGACGGCGCAACAAGCGACGGGGCCGACAGUGACCGCUUCAGCUGCAGCGUCUCCAGCUUCCUGGCCAAUGAGAAGCUUAUGUCUCUCGAUAGCCUGAACAGCGACGACACAGACGAUGAUGUUGACCAGCUCCAGGAGGAUGAGUUGGAGCUGUAUUUCAGCAAGUUGGUGCCCCCUGGCAUGCAGAGGGGGAGAGUAGAGGGCCAGGAGAUCCCGGCCACUGAACUGACCUCAAACCAAGACAACUCAUCGUGCCCAAGUUCCACUGAACCAGAAAGGAGCAGACACCAGUUUCUGGACGACUUUGACCAGGUUGACUUCCAGAUGCCGCACGUCCGCCUGGCUGCCACCGGCAUGGACUCGUGCCCGGCCAGCGACGAGGACACGGAGGAUGAGCUGGAGGCCGCACGGCGACCUGGUGCCUCCAGGACCCGGCACAUGCUUCACAGCACCUCCAGGCAGCUGGUGGGGGAGAGCAACCGGCCUAGCUUCAGACCGGGGCUGGAGGGGGGCAGCUCAGAUGAUGAUCUCCCUGCCUCUCGUCAAGGACUUGGAAGCUCGGGAAUUGAGUUCAGACGCUCUGCGGAAGGCCAGGUCAUCAACUCGCCUGUCGCAGGCGAUGGCGGUGGUGGGGGCGAUGGCAGCAGUGGCGGGGAGGGACAGGGUAGCGACGAUGGGGUCCCAGUUGUCCCCCUGACCUCCGGGGGUGCUCAGGCCACUUAUGAUGUGACCCGUGGCCUGGGCAUCGUGGGAGCCAGUGGUACCGGAGGUGACGAAGAUGAUGGGUUCAGCUGGCCUGGCGUCCUUGGACACAGUGAGAUGGGAGACCGUGUUGGACCUGUUGGCACAGGAGAGGCCGGUUCUGCUGACACUGGAGGGCAUAGAGUCUCCCCGGUAAACUGGAGUAUGACCCUGGACAGACAGGUGGCCUUGGAUGCUAUGGACAGCACAGAGUCAGCCAUUGCAGCUGACGGUCUCUUGGACUCCCUCUACUGGCGGAGUGCUGCAGUGCAAGGAAGACCCCAAGAGGCAUCCAUCUCCUCUCUAUUGCAGGGAACCCAGGGCAGCAUCCACUUGUCCCAAGUACAUCCCCCCCAUAGUGCUGAUGAAGAGGUGGAAGCUGAUGCCCCAGGGCCCCGGGGGGGUCCCUGUGGGAACUCCACUCUCCCGGAACCUUCAGACAGUGAGGGGGAGAUCUGUGUGGCCUCCCUGGAGGCCAAGUACUUCUCCCGCUCCUUCCAGGAGGAAGACUCUGACAGCCGGGACCAGAGCCCCGAUGAAGCAGGGCUCGAUUUCCAACCAGAGGCAAAUGAUGCACACAAUGUGGUUUACCAGAACGAGGAGGGGAAGUGGGUGACGGACCUGGCGUAUUACUCCACCUUUGCGAAGGAGAUGGGAAGCAACGUGCAGGAGCUCAUGGCUGAGCACCUUGACGGGGAGCAGUUCGUUUCUGGGACUAACGCCAUUGAUAAGAUUAUUGAGGAUCAAGAGGAAUUUGAGAAGGAGCAUCAGUUCAUGCAGGAGGAGCAGGUUGUGGCCCCAGAUGCCAGUCUGGGACUGGGGGACACAUCUUGGAAGCUUCCUAACAGUAACCACAUCCUCUUGAGGGUGUCUCAAGUGUCCUCUGAUUUCAAGAAGGGCAGCCAAAGCUACCUGAGGCUGUCUCUAGGCGAGUUCUUCGAGCAGCGGUCUGAAGCCCUGGGCUGCCUGGGAGACAGCGAGGAGGACAUCAAGCGGCCCUCCUUUGGUUACGUCAUCACUUCCCCAGAGAAGAGGGAGCCCUUCGCGCUUAUCCGAACCUCCGACUUCUCUUCACUGGGCGGCUCGGCUCACAGUGACGCCGAUAAGACCAUGACCCCAGAAGACUUGGACAAGACGCUGGAGGAGGGAGAAGGAGGAGGGGAAAACGGACAAGUGCACCCAGGCGAUGUUGGAAAAACAUUUGAGGUGCCUCCCUCACCAGCUGCCGGGAGUCAAAGUGCACCGACAGUGAGCCCAGACUCCCUCCAUAGCAAUAGCAACUUGGCGCUCAGUAUCAGCACCAUUGCUUCUGCCAUCGCUGACGCGUCAGUCAGUUCCGACCCCGCGCAGCUCGCCGCCAUGAUCAUGGAGCUGUCCAAGCGGAGCAAGGCAAAGGUCAGGCAGGAGGGGGGUGGGGCAGAAGCAUCCCCGGAUUCCCCCAUGUCCCUGCAGGGGGACCGGAGCAACCUAGCGGGGACGCCACAAAUGAGUAUGUAUGCUGGGGAGCUGAGCGCCCUGGACAUGGAGAAGUACCUGAGGAAGGUCGAGGUUUCUGGCAGCGACGGCGACCUCUCAGUCUCCCCCUACAGCUUUGAUAUCCUCAGUUGCCUUGGUGAUUCUCUAAGGAGGUCCACACCUUUGCAACGGGAGGAGCUGGCUACUAGCACUCCACCUGAAGGGCAGGCUGAAGUCUGGCCUCCAGGGUGCGACACGCCAUCUGGUGGGAUCUCUGCCGGUGCUAAGAGGAGCAGCAUCCCCAAGGCCAAAGCUCUCGCAAGCAGGCAGGUGCUGGGACCCUCGCCCCCAGCCCAGAUGGUGCCAGCCAUCUCUGAGGCCUCAGGCAAGCCAGGGUCUCCCACCACUGCUGGGAACGGGGGUGUUAGGACGGGCACCGUCAGACCUCGCGUGUCCAGCGUGGAGAUUGCUCCCACCGCAGCACCUUCUCCUGGCCAGCAGGGGGCAUAUUCUGGACCACCCUCUAGCAGGGAUGCUACAUCAAGCUCCCAAAAACAGAGGAGUAUAGGUCGGGAGGUGGACAGGACCAGUUCAGUCACCAGAAAUGCAGCAGGGAAGAACCCUGGAUCACAGCCUGGGACCACAGAAAAGCACGUCUGUUUUGCCAGGGAGGCUCCAAAGUCCUCCAGUGAGGGUGAGGUGCAAGGUUUCACCCCAGACCUGCCUGCCGUGGCUGUGGAGGAGACGCAGUGCACAUUCAGACCCUCGACCUCCCCACUCACACACUCGUCACCAAGCCAGACGUCCAUCCCCAGCAGCAGCAGGGCACCGUCCUCCCCUGCCCCCGUCGGAAGGCUGGCAGGGAGGCGAUCCCAGGAGCCCCUGUCACCCGAAUCUGUCUGCUCUAGUCCCAGCCUUAGCAGACUCACGUACGUUUCCAUGAGCGACAGCACCUGCCUGCCAACCCCAGAGAAACACAAGGGCAACGGCAGCCUGGCGCUGAGCACCACCAUCGUCAGGGCAAGUCCUACCCCACCAGUGGAGCCGGACGUCACUCAGAACCUUUAUAAUCACCUGAAGGGUCCGACGAGUAACCAGGACUCUCGCCUCCGGGAGAAGAGCCCUGAUCCGGGAACCCGCAGGCAAAGUGAGUGUGACUUCAGGGGUCUGUUGCCAGACGGUGGGAAACACAAGCGUCACUCGGAGCCCGGCCCACGGAAAGCCCCAGGGGAUUCUGGGUACUCCAGCAAUAUCAACAUCCAGCAGCCCGGAACCAGUGACCAGGCCUCCCAGCAGUGGCCCAGAGAGACGUACCCCAGGGCAGCCUUCGGCACGGACGAUUUGCGCUAUGUCCCAAUCUCUGGCUUCAAACCCCAGGGCUCCCUGCUGGAUCUGCCCCCUGCUGUUCCAGCCCUUCAUUCUGGCCAGCCCCUCUUCAGUCCCCAGCUGAAUCAGCAGUACCUGGGAAUCGAGCUGCCUGUGCAGACAUACCACAUGGGUGGUGCUUCAGGACUUUAUGGGCCCCCCGGUGCCAACCCCACAGUGGGACAUAUUCCUGGUUCCAUACCCUUGAGUGCCUCAGGCCUACCUGCCAGCUACCUGCACCCUGGCCCAAUCCACCAGCCACCCUUGGUCUCUGGCCUGGGCAAACCCUACACCCAGCAUGACCUGGAAGCUCUGAGCAUAUGGGCUGCAGAACAAGUGAUCGUCCCUGAGGAGCUGAAGUUUCCUACUGCAUGCUGUGUGGGCAUCGCCUCCCAGACCACAAUGAGCAUCUUCAACCCCACUGAGCGAUGGGUGCAGGUUGGCAUCUCCAUCUCUGGCCUGUCCAUCGAUGGCGAAAAGGUAGACGUGCUCCCCAUCCAGUGGCUCAUUGUGAAGAGCAAGACCAUCAUCGGGCCCAAGAGCACCGAGGAGCAGAAGGUGCUGUUCAUCCCACCCCAGGCCGGAGUCUACAAAUGCGUUAUCAGCGUGUCGUCUUGGCCUGCCUCUGCAGCGGUCGCUGCCGGAACACGGGUGGAGGUCUUUGCCAAGAGGGUGAUCCUCGUUGCUGUAGCUGAGAACCCCUCCAUUGAGGUGGACGUGGGGCCAUCCGGAUGCCUGGCGUUUGGGGACCUGGUGGGCGGCAGCGCCAAAGCCCUUCCCCUAAAACUCGUCAACAGGACCCGGGCCACAGUGCCUGUCCGGCUGGUCAUCAGCGCGAACGCCAACGCCUGGCGCUGCUUCACCUUCUCAAAGAGCUCGGUCACUGUGCCGGCGGACGGGCCGCUCAACGCGGGUGGUCUGCCCCCCCUGGUGGCCCCCUCUGUCAUGAACCACGUGAUGCACGCCGGCUAUGGGGAUAAUCUAGAAAGCUUCAUGCUGUGGGUUCAUUUCCAUGCCCCGCAGCAUUACACCCCCUGCUCGGGAGAGCUCAGCCCAGCGGAGGAGUAUGUCGCUCAGGUGGACAUCGAGCUGGAUAGCCCAGGGCCCAGUCAGGUGAUUAAGAGCAUCCCACUGAGGGCCAGGGCUGGCACUGCCCGUGUACACGCUCCCAAGGAUAUGCAGAAUGUCUACCUUGCAGCACCGUUGGGAAAGACCAGCACGCGGAUUCUGCCCCUGAAGAACGCAGGCAACAUCGACGUGCAGCUGAAGCUGAAGAGCGCCGACGCUGACGGCUGCUUCUUGGUCAAACCGGAGGACCUCGUUCUGCAUGUGGGGGAGGAGCAGGGAGUUACGGUCUCCUUCCAUGCUCAGGGCGAUAGGAAGUACAGGGAGACAAUUCUCACCAUCCUGGUGCUACCCUCUGGGCCUCAGUAUGAAGUCAUGUUGAAAGGGGAAGUCACCCCUGAGGAUUCUGGGAAGCGUCAGUCGCCGGUGAAAGUGCCCCCUGUGGGGGUCAUGAAAAGCAGCGAGGUUCCCCCUAUUCUCUCCAACAAGCAGUUCAUGGCUUGGGGAGGGGUCACCUUGGGCAGGGCUGUGCAGCAGAAGCUGGUCCUUCGCAACAACUCCCCAGGCUCCACGCUGCAACUGCGCCUUCUGAUCCGAGGUCAGGACCAGGACUGUUUCCAGCUCCAGAGCACCUUUGGCCCAGAGGAGCGGCUCAGCCGGCACAGGGAGGUGACCAUGAGGCCCCGGGAGGAUGUGGCCGUGCACCUCCUGUUCGCCCCGACCCGCGUGGCCUGCAUGUUGGCCAAGCUGGAGAUCAAGCAGUCUGGCGUCUGCUCCUCUCAGCCGGGCGUCAAGUUCACGAUCCCUUUGUCAGGCUACGGUGGCACCAGCAACAUCAUCCUGGAAGAAGCGCGGAAGCUGUCCGACAGCUACGUGGUGACGAUGGCCGGCGUGUCUGUGGGUGGAGUCAGCAAGGUGUGCGUGAGCGUGCGCAACACAGGCUCGCGGGCCGCCUUCAUCAAGGCCGCGGCCUACGCAGACCUGCAGGCGCGUAUGCGCAUGGACACCUCCGUCAUCAGCCUGUCGCCCCCGCAGUUCGUGCUGAAGGAGCGCACCCAGGAGGUGGUGACCAUCCUGCUGAAAGCAACGUCCAGGGAGCACAGCCUCUGCCAGUCCGCCACCGCCCUGCUGGCCACGGUCUGCUUCUUCUGUGGGGACGAGGUCUCACGCCUGCAGUACAGGAGGCUUCUGCGCAGCAGACCUGACGCGGGCCGCAAGCUGCUGUCGGACAGCGGCCUCCUGAAGGACCUGAGCUUUGACGAGCCUUUCCUCGGUGAAGAGCAAGUGCUGGAAGUGUACGACCUUCCGCAGAGACCCAAUGAGGCACAACUCUUCUACAGCAACAUGAGCAAGGUGGUUCUGACUGUGCUGGGUACCGUCGACGUCUCCGAUUCCGGGGAAAGCGACUGUGUCGAGUCCUUGCGGCCCUCCCCUCGGCGUGGCUCUGAGUCUGACAGUGGCUUUGGAAACUCGGACCGUCACAUCAGCAAUGUGUCAUUGGAUGUCUUGCCUGUAAAGGGCCCCCAGGGGCCUCCCCUGUCCCUCAAUGUUGCCGAUUCGGCCCUGAAUCAGCCGGCUGAACCCCGGGUGUCCUGGAGCAUCCUCCCAGAGCAGCUGGUCCUCACCGUUCCCAAAAUCAAUGGUGCAGCUGACACGAGGCAUGUAAGGAUCCAGAACCAGUCUCCCAGAGAGUUGCGCUUUGAAUUGUCCUGGCCUGCCCACUGUCUGACCGUCACCCCCCAUCAUGGGGUCGUGGAACCCAAGAGUCACCUACAGAUCCUGAUUAGCCCCAACCUGUCCUUGGCCACCAAGCCUGCCAUGCUGCCCUGGUCUGGACAGAUCUACGUCCAGUGUGGCGACCAGCAGAAGUUUAUCAAAGUUCAGAUCCGCCAGGACCUGGCCCUGGAUGUGUCUGCAGGCAUCUCCUCGCCCAAGCCCCUGUCUGCCUUGCCCCCCCAGGAGGAAACGCCUGGGGGGCGUUCCCCUGAGACACCCCUUCGCUCCCAGGUGGUGAUUAAGAGCCGCACCCUUGUGUUCCCAGCAACGCUGUCCGGGGGGACCUCAGAAUCCUUCCUGGAGAUGGAGAACACAGGAGAUGAAGUGCGAUGGUACCUGUCAUCGUUCGCCCCGCCAUAUGUGAAGGGUGUGGACAACAGUGGGGACGUGUACCGGGCCACCUACACGGCUUUCAGGUGCUCUCGCGUGUCAGGAGUUCUGGGGGUGCGGGAGAAGAUGAAGGUUCCCGUCUCCUUCCUGCCACGAGACGGCGGCGAUUAUGCCCAGUUCUGGGACUUGGAAUGCCACCCAGUGGCCGAGCCCCAAAAGAAGUGCAGGGUUCGAUUCCAGCUCUGUGGAACGGGCGUGAAGGCUGGAGCAGCCGUCAGUGCGAGCGCAGACUCCCUGGUGCGGACGGAGGCCACCGUGAAGAGCAGAAAGAAGCCGGAGAGCCAAGAGGAGAUGCAGCGGAGGGGCGUUUACGCACCCCAGGACCUGUACACCUUUCCCCAGACGCGGGUGGGUCAGUCCAGCACCUUGAAGGUCCACGUGCGUAACAACUCCUUUGACACUCACGAGCUGAAAUUCGUAAGCCCUAGAGAGCCCUUCCACAUCAAGCAUUGCAAAUACUCUCUAAGGUCCCAGCACUACAUCAACCUGCCCGUCCAGUUCAGGCCCACGUCGGCAGGCAGGAGCUCCAGCUUACUGCUCAUCCAGACCGACUCAAGCGGCAGCCUUACCAUUCAGCUGACUGGUGAUGCGGUGCCCUGAGCACAGCGCCUCCUUCAGGGAGACUUGGGAAGUGACGUGUACUGGAACAGCUGUGUCAGGGCAAAAAGUCAGCUCCCAGAAAAGGGCCCUCCUCCUGGCUUUCUGAAGCAGACUGACACUCAGUAUCUCAUGCCUUUCUUUUUAAAUCUUUCCCAUAGAUGAAUCCACUGGCUUUCUGUCAGAUCAACUCUCCACGCCCCCUUAGCUGCUCAUGUGGUCCGGUUGACAGCCCUGUACCACAGCCAGAAUCUUAUGGUGCCUAAUGCUGCUUUGAGAUAUGGGUAUAGUGGCGUGUGGGUGGGCUCACUCUCCCUUUACCUCACUUGGUGUGAUUUAACCCCAUGAAAACUACUGCAGAGGGCUGGUAGCUGAUUGAUGGUGCUUGAUGAUCCCAUCCACAGCGGGUCCAAACGUUACCCUGUACGUCACCAUCAGUGCACGAGUCUCUCUGAAUAGACCAGCCAGAGCUCUCUCUAAACAUUAAGGGAUGCUUCACUCUAAUCUAUUUUUGACAAGUUAUCUGUCCAGAUCCACUCAGGUUUUGAUCAGGAAAGCCCUUCGACAUAAUUAGCGAGCCAAUGAAUCAAUGUUAAGAUGGCCAGCCCGAGGUAUAUCUGGGUGCCCAAGAGGCCGGGAUGUUUUGUCAUGUGGGAGCUGUUACCAUGACACCCAUAUCUACUGUGGAAUGGUUCUGUGUUUGAGUCAAUCAAGGACUUUUUAAAGAAAUGUGGCACAACCCCCCCCCCCCCCCCCCCACACACACACACCCCGUACCAUUGCCAAUUUCACAUUGUAAUGGUCUUUUUGCCUUUUUCAAUAUUUUAAGGUUUGGUACAGGGAGCCUUACAUCUGCCAGUCAGAAAAUGUUAUAUUCAGCGAACAGUUUUUUUUUUUUUUUUUGUAUCCUUUUAGUUUUGCCAAAAGAUGGAGUUGUGCCAUUAUUUUAAAUAUUGCAGAACUUCUACAUGCUUCUUGCAUUUUCCUUGAUGUAUCUUACAGAUGUAUUUAUUUUUAAAUAACGUACUUGGUAAAAUAAAUGAUUGACUAUA